AUGGAAAUGGGUCGUCGAGAUAUGAGACGUGGAGGAACCAAUCGAUUUCCUAAGAAACAAUCUGGAUCUGGUGUUUCUGCAAAAUCGAAGAAAAGAUUGUUGAAGAAACAAGAGAUGGUGAGCUACGACGACGACUUUUCUCCAUCAGAUUUGGAAAUUAAGGUUGCUAGGAAGAAAUCUAAAUUUCCAAAAAAGAAUUUGAAGGACAGUAAUGGUGUGGAUCAUGCCUCUGUACCACGGAAGCUUCGUUCAGCCAUGAAGAAGCGGAACAUUGAAUCUGUUUCUAAGCUAUCUUCUGGUUCAAAGAGACUAAACCGGUCCAAAACCGGAAUUGAAUCUUCUGAGGAUUUGAUGAUCAAGAAGGAGAAUCAAGAAAUGGAAGCAAAAGCUAUGGUUCCUGAGUCGAUGAUGAUUUCGAAAGAUGAGAAAGAAGUUGCAGAGACGUUAUACGGUUUAGCUGAUAUGUUCACUGAGACUAGCUCCUCUGUUGAUAAGAAGACUCGUGAUCCUUUGCCUGAUGACAAAGAAACCACCAAAGUUGACUCAAUCUUGGUUCUUGAAACCGACUCUCCCAAACCAGAACCGGCGGUUUCGGUUCUCUCUUCAGCCAAAACUGAUCAAAUUGAUGACAAGCCAUUACAACAAGAUCAUAACCAGAACAGAAUGGUUGAUUUUCUUGAUAGAUUGAAGCAAAGCAGCUCAGUGAAUGUGACUGAUGCACCUGUAAGAGCCAUUGAAACAAAGGUUGCAACGUGUGGCAACGGUCUUGCUCUGUGGCCUGGCUUAUCUUCAACAGCUCCUCAAGUUCUUUCAAAACCAUCUUCUACGAAGCUUCCACCAUGGAUGGGACAAGCUGUUUCUCCAUCCAAGAAUGCUUCUUCACUCGUGACUGAACAGCCGUUAAGAGUCCAGCCGAGGAAGUUGAAGAAAUGUGCUUCUCACAUUUACAUUUCCAGGCUCAUCAAAGUAUUACAGACCAGUAGUAACCAAAAGGAGCAAAGAUCUUCAGAAACGUCACAACCUAAGCUCCCUGAUCCGGUGACAACAACCAUUAGCGACUUUAAAUCCAUGGCUUCUCCUUCCAAGAAGUAUCAAAACCCUCAUCUGCUUGAUCUACACAAAGCACAAAACCCAAAACCUGCGCAAGAAGACAUGACUAAGCUUGCUCUCGAUCUCUAUGGUCCUCAAGCUUCACAUAAACAGAGCUACGAUUUUCUCUCUUUAUCAUCUAAUGGAGCAGCACAAUCACAAUCUCAUUUCUCAAUACCAAACUCAUUUCCACAUUACAAUAGCCAGCUCUCUCCUUCAACUUCAAGCCAUCAGGUGCAACAGAUUUCUCCUUAUCUAGCAAGUAGAUAUCAAACAGCUUACAACGCAAACCAGCAGCAGCAACAACAGCUACAAAAAAGGAUAUGGGCUGCUCAAUACAGACCACAGACAAGUCGAAACACUGUGCCGCCACCUUCAUCGAGCCAAUACAGUAGUAGUAAACCAAACCUUUCCUUGAACAUGACUAGUAUUCAACCGCUGCACGUUGCUUCUUCUCCAAGGUACAGCAACAACAGUAUGUCUCAUCAACAGCAACAUCGUCUCAUGGCUGCUGCUGCUGCAAUGUCAAUGAACCAUCAUCAUCAUCAUCACCAUAACAGUAACAAUCCUUCACGGACGAUAGUGAUGAACAGACAAGAACACCACUUCCCACUUGUUUAUGAAGAUACAAGAACGUCAAUGCAACUACUCUGCAACGAGAAGUCGUGA